AUGGAUAAAUCUAAUAAAGUUUUUUGUACCUAUUCGAAAUGUCAUCAUAAAGAUACAGAAAGAGUGAUUGGAUUAUUUAUUCCAAAGUCUACUAGGACUAGAUAUCAUAAACAAAAUGAUGAAAAUUCAUUAGUCUUAGACUUUAUUUCAAGUUUCGGUUCUGAAACAGCUUCGAUUUUAAGUCUUUCAGAUGUUUAUACUAGUUCUAAAAGUGAAUUAUCUAUCCUUGUUGGGCUAUCCGAAUCAUUAUCUGAAGGAGAAGCAUCUUCGAGUUUAUCUGACAGGGCAGAAAACUCAUCCGUUAACGAAGGUUAUAUUGAUGAAGAAUCGACUAUACAAGACAUUGACGAUAAUUAUGAACUAUCCUCAAAUGGAACAUCUUUAAAUGGAACUGAUGAAUUUUCUGAUUCAGAUAUAUCUCAUAUCGAAAUUUCAGAAUCUAGAGAAUACAUACACUUAUCUGAUGAAUUGGCUUUUAAUAGUGGCAAUGUCAGUUUAUUUCAAGUUAGACGAACAUUACAAUCAAUUGUUCCAAUAGAGCCUACAUGGGUGGAUAUCUGUAUCAAUUCUUGCUAUGUGUAUACAGGAAAAUACAAAUAUGAUGAAUUAUAUGAGUAUUGUCAUAUGUCAAGAUUUCAAACUAGACAUUCAAUAGGAAAAAGACUUCCUCAACAUAAGAUGGCCAUUUUUUUCAUUAAAGAUCGUCUUAAGAUUCAGUAUCAAGACUUAAAAGGUUUCGAAAGGUUGAAAUAUUAUAUAAUUAUACUCAUCGUUAAGGUUUUGAAUCAGAUAGUAAAAUCAGUGAUAUAUUUGAUGGUGUCAAAUACUAAAAACUAUUAUCUGAUGGAUAUUUUGAAGAUGAUAGAGAUAUUGCAUUGA